UUUUCUACUGGUUUCAGCGGUCGGAAAUUUCGCGCGGAAAAAAAACAACAGGCAUGGCGGGACGCGGGAAAAGGAAACCCAAAUCUUUGCCACAGACAGAAACGCUGAAUGGAUAUGUAAAAAAAGCAAAAGAAGACCAGACGGAUGGAAAGAUGGUUGAAGAAGAGAUGAGAGAGGAGGUGGAGAGGUUAUACAAACUACGGAUGCCUGAGGAUUUCUACCAGUUUUGGAAAUUCUGCAAGGGACUUUGUGCAGACUGUCCACAAGAUGCCCUAAAGGAAACGCUUGGGCUUCAGUUAGUCGGUCCAUUUGAUAUCCUGGCCAAAAAGCACAAACGGUCAUCUUCAACCCAGUCAAACUUCAAUCUACACUGGCGUUACUUUUACGAUCCCCCAGAAUUCCAGACGAUCAUACAGGGCAACGCAGACACACAACAUCACAUGGGCUACUUUAGAGAUUCACCGGAUGCUUUGCCUGUGUUCAUUGGGGAGAAUGAAGCCAAGAAGGGCUAUACGAUCACACAGAUGGGGGACAACAUAUUUGCGGCAGUUCUGCUGUUUUUGCAGAAGAAAAGAAAGGAAAAGGGAUACCAGAAGGAUGAAGCUGCUUUGGAAAGUUUAGAAGAAGAUUUGAAACGAGAGGCAGAGAGGUUGGGCUUACCUCUGGACCAGAAAACUAAAGCAAUGAAACAAAGAGAGAAAAAGGUGGUCACAAAGACAUUUCAUGGAGCAGGAAUUGUGGUUCCAGUAGAUAAAAAUGAUGUUGGAUACAGAGAAUUACCAGAAACUGAUUCAAGUCUGAAGAAGAUCUGCAAAGCAAUUGCAGAGGCCAAAAACGAUGAGGAAAGAAUAAAGGCCUUCGCACCCAUCCAGGAAAUGAUCACAUAUGUUCAGUUUGCCAAUGAUGAAUGUGAUUACGGCAUGGGCUAUGAGCUUGGGAUCGACCUCUUCUGUUAUGGCUCGCACUAUUUUUAUAAAGUGGUACGUCAGCUGCUCCCAAUGGCAUACAGUCUGCUGAAGAGAGGUCUGUUUGGAGAGAUACUGGAGGCGCAUCUCACCAGUCGUUCCCACGACAACCUUGACCAGCUCGCCUCUGUCUGAUGUAUUGUGAAAAGAUGAUAGGCUGUGUUCAGAAUGACUUGCAGUAAAACAUGUUGGGGUGGUGGCUGUGACAGAUUACAACUGCACUAAAUUCAGCCGGUAGGUGUUCUCAAUUGAAAACGCUGUGAAGCCCAAGACUUG